AUGCCCGCCACAACAGCCGAGACGCUGUCGCUCGUGACCCGCAACGUCUCCGUCGCGCCUCUCGUCCUCCUCUCCGCAGCAGACCACUACGGCCGCCAAGCAAAAGGAACAAAGAGGAGAGUAGUCGGUGUUCUUCUCGGACAGAACGACGGCAAGAACGUGCGAGUAUCCAACAGCUUUGCGGUACCAUUCGAGGAAGACGAAAAGGACCCGUCGGUAUGGUUUCUGGAUCACAACUAUGUCGAGUCGAUGAACGACAUGUUCAAGAAGGUCAACGCGCGGGAGAAGCUCAUCGGCUGGUAUCACACAGGGCCUAAGCUGCGGGCGUCGGAUCUAGAGGUCAACGAGCUGUUCAAGCGGUACACGCCGAACCCGCUGCUCGUCAUCAUCGAUGUACAGCCAAAGGAGGUCGGUGUCCCGACAGAUGCCUACUUUGCGGUCGAGGAGAUCAAGGAUGACGGCACAACCACCUCCAAGACCUUUGUCCACACGCCCUCAAUAAUCGAAGCCGAAGAGGCCGAGGAGAUUGGAGUCGAACAUCUCCUCCGCGAUAUCCGCGACGUCGCCGUCGGUACCCUCUCCACACGUAUAACCUCACAACUCCAGUCCCUCCAAGGCCUCCACCUACGGUUACGAGACAUUGGCCAAUACCUCCAAAAGGUCCUCGACGAAGACCUCCCCGUCAACCACGCCAUCCUCGGCAACCUCCAAGACGUCUUCAACUUACUCCCCAACCUCUCUACACCCAAGCCAACGCCCGUUGGUGGUACGGCGGCGGCAACAAACGGUGCCGAUGGCGGUGACAACGGCGAGCUUGCCCGCGCGAUGAGUGUCAAGACAAAUGACCAGCUCAUGACGAUUUACCUGUCUAGUUUGAUUAGGGCGAUUACUGCGUUCCAUGAUUUGAUUGAGAAUAAGAUACAGAACAAGCAGCAGGCAGAGGACAAGGAGAAGAGUAAGGACGAGGGCAAAGAGGGGGAGAAGAAGGAGGGCGGCGACAAGACGACAAAUGGCGAGGUCAAGGAGGGGGACAAGAGUAAAGAGAAGAAGGAGGAGCCGAAGAAAUAA